AUGGAGAAGCUCAAGGAGCUGUUGCUCUUCUUCGACCGGCACCCCCACCCGCCCAAGAGCUGCCGCCACGAGCCUUUCCUGAGUGAGGUGCAAGCGGCAUGCGUGGAGAUGAUGGCAAGAGACGGUCCGGUCUCGCUGAUGGACAACACCCAAGGCCAGCUGUGCCCCUCUUACCCACUGCAGAUCGUCCUCCCGCACGCCACCGAGGAGGAUACGGCCAAGAUUGCUGUUGCUGUAGAAAGGGCCAAAUACGCCCGGCUCACCCAUGACUUACAGCACCACGAGCUCAGGUACCGCCAGCGAUUUGCCGUUCCCGCGUUCGCCUACCGCGGCAGCUGGGUGUGCCGAUCAGCCGCGCCGUCCGACCUGGAGCACAUCCAGAGCUACUUGUUGAAUAUGAUGUCCGAGGAGACGGUGGAGGAGCAUGGCGUGCGGUGCUGCCUGGCGGAGCAGGUGGCGUCGCGUGAGCUGUACUCUUCUCCGCCGCUCCAGCUCUGCGUCGUGCCCUACCCUGGCGUCAAACUCUUCGACACCUGGCGCCAGGGCGGCUACAACGGCAACAUUCCGUAUGACUGGAGCAAGUGUUCUGCGGAGUUGGAGAUCCCAGCGCAGCUUCACGCUGCCGACGAUGAAUGGCCGGAGCACAAAUCCUGGGACUUAGUCACGCUCACGCAGAAGUAUUUCGGACUCAUGCUGUCGCUGCUGGUGCACCAAUCGCUCAGUGCCGACGAGAUUGUCUACCUGACCGUGGCCUAUGAUUGGCUCUUGUUUGGCCACGACUUUGCGGGGCGUCGAUCGAAGGGGCAGGAGAUAAUGCUGUUCACCUUCCACUUCCUCCUGGCGGUCCUGUCGGCCGACUACUCGGUCCACACCCACAUCCGCCGUCAAGCUUCCAAAGCCUCCACCGGCAAGAGCGAAGCCGGCGCAGCAGUCCUGGAGCAGGAUGUGGGCGAGCCAUCAGCUCACUCGGCGGAGACGAGGGAGCGCAAGCUGCGCGACGUCCACCACCUGUUCACGCAAGCCUACGCCCAGUGCUUCUUCAAAACAUAG